AUGCGCUUUUUCAUUGGCUAUACCCUUGCGGCAUCUCUUGCAGUGCUUCCGCAUGCGUCUGCACUACCAUACCCAUUUCAACGCCCUCGAGAUGGCUAUACCAACAUUGCGAUUCGUGGCGUCGACGUGCUCAAUGACCUUGGCCCACAGCUGUCGCCCCAAGCCUCGAUAGUCCUUCCAACCGACGCUGAGUUUGAUAAUCUCACUGCCCGAUACAGCGAGUUCGACAGGCCGACCUUCGUUGCAGUCGCCAACCCCGGGAUUGAAGCAGACGUUGCUGUAAUCGUCAAAUACGCCAACAAUGUGAAUAUUCCGUUCCUCGCGGUGAACCGAGGGCACGGAACUGUCAGAACUCAAGGGCGUCUGCAGCACGGACUCGAGAUCAACAUCGGAGCUCUUAGCGAGUUCCAGAUCUCAGACGACGGGAGAUCCGUGAGAGCACAAGGCGGUGUGUGGGGCGAGAACAUCAUCCCGUCGCUAUGGGACGCAGGCUACGUGACAACCACCGGGAGUUGUGGUUGCGUUGGUCUUCUAGGACCCGGCCUUGGUGGUGGCUUCGGUCGCUACAUGGGUUUCUACGGCAUGGUCUCCGACAGCUUCAUAUCUUUCAACUUGGUCCUCGCCAACGGGACGGAAGUCACGGUUUCCCAGGACGAGAAUCCCGACCUUUUUUGGGCCAUGAGAGGCGCGGGCCACAACUUUGGUGUCGUGACUAGCUUCGUGAAGGAGAUCCACCCAAGGACCGUCGAUAGUUGGUAUUACGUCUCAUACCUAUUCACACAGGAUAAGCUCGAGGCUUUAACGGAGGCCGUCAACACGCAGAACGACCUCGGCAGGCAACCGAGAGAGCUUGUCACCGGCUUGAUCAUAGCAUACGUUCCCCAGAUCAGCACCACGGAGCCUCUCAUCUACAUGACCUUCCAAUACGUCGGGAGCAAAGAGCAAGCCACUGCACUGUACGCGCCGUUCGAUGCUCUCGGCCCCGUUUCUCGCGAAGAGGGCAACGCACCCUAUCCCGAACUUUUUGCCAGAACGACAAGCAGCUCGGCGGACCCGUUGUGCCAGAAGGGCUUCAGCCACGUCCAGUACCCAGUUGGUCUUGUGAGGUACAACGUCACCACACAGCGUCAGAUAUACGAGCACUUCAAGGAAGUCACCACAGCCCAACCGGCGUACUUCAACGCCUCGGUUGUGCUCGAAACGUACUCCGUUGCGGGUGUGAAGGCUAUUCCCUCAGACAGCUCGGCUUAUCCGCACCGGGAAGAUAACAUCCUUGUAGCCACGAACGUACAGUACGUGCCUGACCCCGCCCUCGACGAAGGUGCCAUCACUUUCGCGCGAGAAAUGCGGGACAUCUGGCAGGCGGGCCAGCCCGAGCGCCGGCUGAACGCCUACGUCAACUAUGCCUUCGGCGACGAGCCUCUCGAGCAGGUCUAUGGCUAUGAGCCGUGGCGGCUGGAGAGGCUGCGGGAAGCCAAGAGGGAGUAUGAUCCCAACGGGAGGUUCAACUUCUAUAACCCCAUCACAUAUUAG